GGAGCCCGGCAGGCCGGCAGCAGCGAGAGGCGCGCCUGCGCUGGGGGGCCGGCCUGUGCCUGGCCCGCCCGCCCGCCAAGUUGUCCGAGGGGCCGCGGAAGGAGGAGGAGGAGAAGGAGAAGUUGGCGUGGCGGCCGGGCGGAGGCUGAAGGGGCGGCGGGGGCCGCGCUGCUGGCGGGUUCCGCGCCGGCCAUGGCGUUCCGCAGGCGGGCCAAAAGCCACCCGCUCUUCAGCCAGGAGUUCCUCAUCCACAACCACGCCGACGUGGGCUUCUGCCUGGUGCUCUGCGUCCUCGUCGCGCUCAUGUUCGAGGUCACAGCCAAGACUGCCUUCUUGUUCAUCUUACCUCAGUAUAACGUCAGUGUGCCUACAGCAGAUGGUGAAAUUGUUCUUUAUCACUACGGGCUGAAGGAUCUGGUCACAAUCCUCUUCUACAUCUUCAUAGCAAUAAUUCUGCAUGCUGUGGUGCAGGAGUAUGCCUUGGACAAAAUCAACCGGAGGCUCCAUCUUUCCAAGAUCAAGCACAGCAAGUUCAAUGAGUCUGGGCAGCUGGUAGCAUUUCAUAUUGCCUCCAUGGCCUGGUGCUUAUAUGUACUGGCAACGGAAGGAUACUUAUCAAACCCCAAGAGUCUGUGGGAGAACUACCCUCAUGUCCAUCUCCCGUUCCAGGUCAAGUUUUUCUACCUUUGCCAGCUGUCCUACUGGCUGCAUGCACUGCCUGAACUAUAUUUCCAAAAGGUGCGGAAGGAAGAGAUUCCUCGUCAGCUGCAAUAUAUCAGCCUCUAUCUAGUGCAUAUAUCUGGAGCAUACCUCUUAAACCUCACACGCCUGGGACUUAUCCUGUUGCUGCUGCAGUACGUAGCUGAAUUCCUUUUUCACAUGGCUCGCCUGUUCUAUUUCACAGAUGAGAACAACGAGAAGCUGUUUAAUGCAUGGGCAGUAGUGUUCGUCGUUUCCCGGCUUUUUACCCUCACCCUAUCCGUGCUGGUCAUUGGCUUUGGGCUGGCUCGAGUGGAGAACCAGGCGUUUGACCCCGAGAAAGGAAACUUCAACACUUUACUUUUCAGGAUGUUUGUCCUGCUUCUGGUGUGCUUCUCACAGGCCUGGAUGAUGUGGCGCUUCAUCCACUUUCAGCUGCGGCGCUGGCGGGAGUACUGGAAUGAGCAGAGCGCUAGGAAAAAAGCUGCUGCGGCUGCCGCCGCCACCCAUAACAAGCAGCAGCUGAAGACCAUCAAAAGGGAGUCGGGCUACCAUGAAAAUGGAGUGGUGAAAGCAGAAAAUGGUACGUCGCCGCGGACCAAGAAACUCAAGUCUCCGUAGAGCCAAAGCAGAGUCUGCAAGGAGGAAAUGGGAAAUGCGAGACAAAGACUCUGGGAAUAAGAAGCAGCUCCUUCCCUUGUGUCUUCACCAAGCCCUGUUUCAAAUGGCUUGAAUCAACGUACCACCGAAAAGCUCUUUUCCCCCCCUCUCUCUGCCUCCAGACAUUUUGCAGUAACCAAAAAGCCCCUCUCCAUCCACAGUGGGGCUUCAGAACACCAAACACCUUCCUCAGCCAAUGUAUUUUCUUGUUGCUCAUUUUAAUCUGGCCUUCAGUGUAUUCUUGCUGCUUUUCCUGCACCCACAGAGAUGUUUUUGUAAGCAAUUGCUCCUUGGAAACCCAUUCCCUGACUCAGUAUCGCCCACCUCACUCUCGCCAGAUCUCGUGAUGCUUUGGUUUGGAGAGGUGGCAUCUUUAGGACAUGAUUUGCUUCGUUGCCGGGACAAUAGAACAUUUGGGUAGCAUGUGGAUGACCCCUUCAGACAAUCCACUCUUGCAGAGCGAGUUUGUGGGAAAUGGAGCAAAUCUCUAAGGUCCCUUCUCUGCCUGCAUCUCCCAAUUCUGUUACGUAUCUAGUAAUCUUAGUGGAACAUUUAAAAUGUGCCAGGCCUUCACAACAUGAUGGCGAAGUGCACAAACAUAAUUUAGUAUGUAUGCAACGUUUGCGUUGUGCUAUGCCUAUUUGCAGAGACUGAAAUUUUAGCCAGUUGCAUUCUGGAGAAGGGGACAGAUGUGCGCAGUUUCUCUCCAAUACUGCUUCCUCUUAGCCGAUAAAAAGAAUUUACUGCAUUCUCCUAAAACACCAACAAAUAAGACCUGCUGGCCUGGCAGCUUGGUCUGUGUCAGACAUGCCUUGCAUCUCCCCAGACCUUGAGAAUCAUCCCCAGCCGACUGUGCCUUAGUCUAGGGAGAAGAUUCACUGCUCAUUGAAAUAGCAGCUCAGGGCAGAUGUCUGGGGGUAGUCUGUGACCUCCGUACUUAACAAGCGGACAGUUUCCUCGUGCCUUUGUUUCCUCUACAGCAGGUUUCCUUCAUGAAGUGUUGGUGUAAUCUUUAUGACCGGGUCUGUCAUAUUCAAGUGGUCCACCCGUACCAACAUAGGACAGCAAUGUUAUUUCUUGUACAGCAUAUUCAGUGCAAGUUUGCUCAGAAGUAAGCCUCUUCUUCUUCCCUAGAGAGUGUCUUCAGGAUUGGAACCGUAGCCUUCUGCUUUUCAAGCGUGUCCCCCCCCCCAAUACUUUUUCACAAGUUUUGUCCAAGGGAUCUGAACCCAUUUCCGCUCUGGCUGCUCCUUGCAGCUCCUGGGAAUGGUGUCCUUCUAAGGCUACAUAGGUUUCUUCCACACAGAACGCUGCACAGUUCCUAACCCUUAAUACGUGGACGUGUUAUGAACGCUGUGAGAGGAAAUCUCUCUCAUGGGUGAAAGUGCUUUCCAUCUACUCUGUCACCUCGGUGUACAGUCUACCUCGGGGGCCACCCUUUUCUAACUGCUACACUUCCUCUUGUUGUUGAAGAAGAACUAACCGUGAGAAGCGUAUUCUGGGAGAGGGAAGGGGUCCUUCACCCAAGAAGAAGUGGCAGCUUCUUUGUACUGUGGCCCUUUUUUUGUUUUCAGGGAUCGGUAUCCGCUGGCCCUCCUUAGUUCAAUUGUGUCUGCCACAGUCCGCAGGGUUAGUUUUGAGACUUGCCUUUGUCCCCAGUGCAACUGGAUCACCUUGCAGGCGUUUUAAGAACAUCAGAGCAUCUCUGCUGCAUUAGCCUCGUGGCCCAUUGAGUCCAGCAUCCUGUUCUCAGCCAGGUGCCCCUGGGAAGCCUGCAAGCAGGACCGGAGCCCAGCUGCCCAGUGCCAUAAAUGGUGGUGGAUGCCCCCCUGUGCCAUUCCCUGCUGCAUUCUUGAUCCCAACAGCAUUUCCUCCCGAUUUAUACAUGCUAAGGAGGCUUCUGCAAAGGGUUGCCUGGCUUAUUAUUUUAAAUCCCCCCCCCCCAAAAAUGGGAUCUUUUAUAAUAACUGGUGCAGGUUUCAUUUCCAGCUUUCUAUUUUUUUGCGCACGUUCUUAUCCCACAGUGUCCUUCGGUUGAGUCGGCAUAACCUUUAACCCACCAAGCCAAAUGCACCAGCUGUGUUCGUAUCUCAUGUUCCAGGACAGUAAAACAGGGGGGGGGCAGCCAAGGCAGGGGUAGCUCACACGGCCUGGCUGGGGUGCUUGGUUGAGCUUGCUUGGCCACCGGUUGCAAAGCUUUUGGGAACGUUGCCAAGUAUGAGGAGCUGAAACGCUCUUGUUCUUUUACUGUUGGCGCUACUUGGGAGCGAACCUGGAGGCAUCUAUUUCCCUUUCCUCCAAAACCUGGAAUGUCCAGAUGAGGGACAUUCUGAGCCGAAGCCAAACUUAGCAGUGUGUGCCUGUCGCUCCUUGUUGAGUCCCAAAUAUACCUCAUCUUUAUAUUUUAUUUUUGAAUAGGAGUGAAGGGCGAUGCUGGGUGGACGAUGGUGCUAUAAGCAGGUCAGGUGAAGUGGGCUAAGCCAACAGGGCGCAGCUGUGAAGCCAGCUCUCGGUUGGUUGAGCCUAAUGGGAGCCAGGCCUGCCUUCCUUCUGCCCACCACCUUCCCUAACACGGCUGGACACUGUUCCAAAGAGACACCACUGUUUUAAGAUGGGACCUCCCCUUCCUUUGUUGUGCUAGACCCCAAGCUGCUGCAGCACAGCCCAUUAUCACCAAACAGAGCUGCCCUGACUUUGCAGCAACCGGCGCCAUAUGUCUUCCAAGGCAGCUCAGAGGAUCACUCUUAAAAGGUGCACAAAGCAGCCUGCAGCCUGCACAACCCUGCUUCCUCCUGCACAAAGUUGCCAAGCCGCUGUGUAGCAUAUUGCAAAACAAUACAAGUGCCUUACAUUGCCACGUAGCCUUUGGGGCCUUUCUUCUGUACGUCUGUCUCUCCAUGUAGUGUUCCCCGCUCCCCAUUUGUACACCAGUUUAGCUAGUCGUAAAAGGGACAACUUUUGCUGAACCCAUUGCCUCAAUUUUCUAUGCCUUUUAUUUUUAUUUUCACUAUAGGUAGGUGUUCCUUAGCAAGUACCUUGAUGGAAAGUGUGUCUGCUGUAUUACAGCACAAGCCUCAGUACACAAACAUGUACUCUUAGUUCCACAGACGGCCAGAUUCAGUUGCCUGCUUUCAAUUCUAGGCAAGUAGCUUUCAUUCUGAAACUUCAUGCAGAAGCUGCAAGGAGUCUCGUUCGUUUUGUUCUUGUGGUCCUUUUGUGGCGACCGAGAACAGAACUAGGUGUUAUGUAGAGUUAUGUUCUUUUGUGUGUAUGUUUUUAAUACAACACGCUCACGGAGGCUGCAGUUUGAAGCAGAAGCUGUGUGUGUAGGUUUCUGCUGAAAACCACCCUGCCCAUUCCUCCCACCCUGAAAUAGGGAAAGGAAAGGGUGCUGCUCAAAGUGGGGGCCAAGUCCCAACUCUGUCUCCCCUGCGCUGGUGGUCUGCUUCACAUUGCCAUCGCUGCAGUGCAUGUCUUUUUCAGAGCCCCCCACAUAAUUAAACACCCAAAGUAGUGUAUUUUCACCUUGAAGGGUGCCUUCAGCUAGGAAAAGGCUAUCCCACAUAGCACUGAGCUCUUAGCUACUGGGUUGAGUGUUAACACCCUUCCUUGUCCCAUGGUUUCCCUCUCAGGUUGGACAAUAAAAAGCUCACCUGGAUUUGUGGUCCUCUGUGAGUCCUCUGACUCUGGGAGGAGGAAAUAGGGCAAUAGUUUAUCUAAUGUGAUGGUUUUUAUUAUUACUUUUGGCCCAGGCGGGGAGUUAACCUUUGUUACCUGUUCUGGGUUGAGAGAGGUGACCUCCUCAGUCCUUUUCCUGCCCCUCAUGUCCUAGGUAGACCAGAAGUGGCGUAGCAAGAUAUUGCAGGUCUAACCACAAACGUUCCAAAGCUCAGUAUAUAGAUAUUUUUACAGCAGGGCAUUAAAAUUUGUAUUCUUUAAAAUAGCUUAGGUUUUGCUUAUUUUUAAAGUGCCUAUCUGGUAAAGCGGUUAGGAAAACAGAAUUCCUUUUAACUCUUCUGCCCACACAAUCCUUUCGUGUUCCGUGGGCGAUUUUCGAACAAAAGGUAAACGCUAUGUAAAACACAUCAUAGAGGUGGCAGAUGGUUGGUCUCUACUACUACAGGUAAAAAUCAGUUACCUCUAUUCCUGAUUUUGUGUGUUCCAGAAGUACAGCCUUUAUUGUCCCGAGUGCAUAACUACAUCAGAAUUGUUGGUGCUUAAUGUGUACACGUGGCGGGGUGUGUGUUAAUAUUAUGGACCAAAUUUAAGUCAGGAAGCUGAAAUAAAACGCCUGUUCUUCCACAUUUUACAUUUCAUCUUGAUGGCUCUGGAGGGGUGGAGAGGAGAGGACAACUUUUUUCAGGAAUUCCUUGUCAAUUAUUUUUUUCCCCCUUAUACCUUACAAGUAUGUAUUUUUGUUGUUGGAACAACUUUUAUCAAAGCUAUCUGUGACACAAUAUUUUCUGAAAUAAAAAGGCAUAGAAAGAU